UGUGUUUCACUUCGUGGCAUGGCUUGGCAUACACAAAGCUAACUAGAGCUUCUUCUUCUUUCUUCUUCUUUUUGUUCAUAUAACCUUUUUGUUCUUUUUCCUUCAAUUUCCCAGUUUUGUUCUUAUUGAGAGAGAGAAAGAGAGAAAGAGAGACUAGAAAUUAAAUUAAAGUUCGUAGGCAUGGCUAUCUUCGCAACUCAUAAUAUUGGGGUCUUAAUAUUUGGUAUUCUAGGCAAUAUCGUUUCCUUUGUGGUUUUCCUAGCACCGGUGCCAACAUUUUUGAGGGUGAUUAAGAAGAAAUCAACAGAAGGUUUUCAAUCGGUUCCCUAUGUGGUGGCACUAUUCAGUGGGAUGAUGUGGCUCUAUUAUGCAUCCCUAAAGUCUGAUGAGACCCUUCUCAUCACUAUCAACUCAUUCGGUUGUGUCAUUGAGACCAUCUACAUUGCCAUUUAUAUCACCUAUGCACCAAAACAAGCAAGGUUGUUCACCUUGAGGCUACUUCUCCUGUUCAAUUUUGGGGGAUUUUGCUUGGUUCUUCUUCUUUCCCACUUCUUAGCUGAAGGACCUACCCGAAUCAAAGUUCUUGGGUGGCUUAAUGUAGUUGUCGCUGUCAGUGUCUUCGCAGCACCACUAAGCAUAAUCAGAGUGGUUAUACGAACAAAGAGCGUGGAGUUUAUGCCGUUUCCUUUAUCUUUCUUCCUCACACUCAGUGCUAUCAUGUGGCUCUGUUAUGGCGUAUUACUCAAGGAUUUAUAUGUAGCUCUUCCAAACAUACUGGGAUUGGUAUUUGGAGUACUUCAGAUGAUACUUUAUGUGGUCUACAAGAAUAAAAAGAUAGCAAUAGAUCAGCAACUCCCACAACACAAAGGAGAUAUUAUUAAUGUUGUUUCUGAUGAUAAGCUCAGCGCUACAGGCACUACUACCGUGACUACCGCGGAGGUACAAAUUAUAUGCACUAGCAAGAACAAGGAAACUGUUGAGGAAUUAGACCACGAUCAGAUUCAACAUGGCGUCGAGGAAAAAAAUCGAAAUCAUCAUAGAAAUGGGAAAAGCAUGGAAGAUUGCUACUCCAUCAUUGAAGUACAACCAGCUGCAACGGUUAAAUGUGAAGCUUAAAUUAAUGUUCAUCCAUGAAUUUCUACUUUGCUGUGUGCUGCUUAAACCCCCACCCCCAGAACUUGAAUUAAAUUCCUCUGCUGCGCUCUGUUUAAUUUUGUUCUCUCUGUGUUGGCUUCUCUGUCUGUAUAUCUCUCUCUCUCUCUCUUUUCUUCACUUUGAAUUUUGAUGGUGUAAACAGCAUGUAGAGGAUGGUGUACAUAUGGGGUUUUCUUGGUGCUUCAUUCUCUUGGGUGUUUAUAUUUAUCUUUGUGCAUUUCAUGAAAUCAAAAACUUUUUCUCUCC